UCAAAGGCAACAUUUAUUAAUUGGAAAGUAACAAAUCGGCAUUUAAAAAAUAAAGUUUCAGUAUUAUGGGCGACUACGAUUCAGAUGAUGAAAAAUCACAAGUGGAGAAGCUGCGCUAUGCCAAGGUGCCGCGCGGCAUGUUUGUUAGCGGCUGGGACGAUGACACCGACGAGCUCAUCGAGGAGGACAAAAAUCCACAAGCCAGCAUUGAACGCAUGAUAUUGUGGGCCGUCGGUGAGAAUCGCAUUAGCGAGGUUCGCGAAAUCCUACAACUGGACGCGGACAGUGUCCACUCGCGCGACAACGAUGGUUACACGCCCCUGCAUCGCGCCUGCUACAACAACUUCGUCGACAUGGCCAAGCUGUUGCUGCAGCAUCAGGCAGAUCCAAACGCACGCACAGCACUCGGCUGGACACCGUUGCAUUCGGCCUGCAAAUGGAACAAUGCCGAUUGCGCCCUGCUGUUGCUGCAAUUUGGCGCCGAUGUGAACGCCGAGUCGGAUGGCCAGCAGACGCCUUUGCAUAUUACGGCAACCGUUUCCAAUUGCCGCAAUACAGCCACUGUGCUGCUCCUGGAUCGCAAUUUGCAGGCGCGCAAGGAGAAUAACUCGGAGGAGACAGCCGCUGUGAUUGCACGUCGGACUGGCAUGAGCUAUGUGAUCUUUGAAAUUGCCGACGAGGCCUACGACUGCGAUACGGGAUUGAUUGACUAAAAUGUCGUUUAUUUUAUGAAAUAUAAUACUUAAUAUUA